GAGAGAGGCGCUGCUCCCUGCCCGCCUGUAGCCAGCCGCCCCGCCCCCGCGGUGCUCCGAGACGCGCUGAGUGCCGCCGCCGGGCGGCCCGAGGCCCUGCCCGCCCCUGGGGUUGUUGGUUGAGGGGCUGCCUGGCAAGGCCCCCCUGCCCCGCGGAGCCUACAGCACAGACCGGCUCAGGGGAGCUACUUCCCGGCCCCGGGCGCCGCCGCCGCCUCCCCGCCGGGGGGCUGUUCUGAGGAGCCUGCCUGGGUCUCUCCGGCCCAGGGCACGAGGAAUGGCGAGCGGCCGGCCAGCGAGGCGGGCCUGUGGCGUCGCUCAGCGCACGGCGGGGCUGGCUCGGGAAGUCCUGGAACGGGCUAAGCGGCGGAAAGUGAGCUGGCCGGAGCCUGUGGAAGAAGAUUCUGAACGUCUCAAUGCAGCAUUUGCUUCAAUAGUGGAGUUCAUGAGUCGAACCACAAAGGAGUGUGAGAAAUAUUAUAGCUACGUGCCAGCAAGUAGAUGCCAAGAGAAUGAAAUUAAACACAUCUGCAGAUAUCACAGCAGACAUGCAGCAGAAAACUUGUUACAGACAUUGGAACAAGGGGGUAGAAAGACUUCCAAAGAUCUCUACAUUGAAGUCUCCCCUGGCACCUAUUCUGUCACAGCGACCUCAGAGGAUAUGGUGAAAGACACACAUGUGGUGGAUGUUAAUGCAGGACAAAGUAUUGAUUUAACUUUCAGUAUAUGAUGAUCGCUCUCUCUCAGCAAUCAUAGGAAUAAAACAAUACUAAGGUAUCCUAAUGAAUUAAUAUAACAAGCUAUGCAGAUCUGUUUCUCUUUAGCACUUUAACAACUUCCUUUCUCUGGGCUUCUUCUGUUUUACUCACUUUGUCUACUUAUUGUGCACUCAGUGCUAUUAUAGUCCAUUGUGUACACGGACAUUAUGAAUGUUUGUAUAAAUAUGCCUUAAUUGAAAUUAUGUGACAUGUAUCACCCAGAGUUUGGGGUUAUUUUUAAGUCAAGCAAUCAGUGGAAUAAAGGAUUAAAAAUUAA